AUGGGCUGCCACGGCUCCAAGGCGCCGAGCGGCCCCGCCGCGCCCCCGCUGGUCUUCCAGCUGGGGGCCUGCGGCUGGCGCUGCCCGGAGGAGCCGGUCUCCGCGCCGGGCGUCGCGCACGAGGCCUACCACGCGGCCGCCAGCGGCGCGGAGGGCUGCGGCGGCUGCUACUCCGUGUACCCCUCGGCCGUGCACGAUGUCUGCGCCGGCCAGGGCGGGGUGAGGGUGGCCAGGGUGGGCUUCGCGCUCCCCUCGCUCCCCGGCGCUGGGCCCGCCGGCGCGCCGGGCUGGCACUCCCUCUCGGACGACGAGGUCGUGGAGCUGCUGAAGGCGCUCGAGGACGCCGCCUGCGAGCAGCUGGCCGCCGCCGAGGCCGAGCGGGGGCGGCCCUGUGACUUUGCCAUCGUCCACGACGUGCUCUGGAGCCCCGUGGUGAUGCAGCGCGCCAACGAGAGGAGGGUCUCCGAGGGGAAGCCCGUGACCCCGGUCGUCGCCUUCUGCCACGGCCCCGACGCCGUGCUGCUGGACCUGGAGGCCGAGGGCGCAGAGGAGCACCCCGCUCGCUUCGGGCCGCUGCUGGAGAGCGUGGGGUCGUGGCGGACCCUCGCGGCCGUGGUGGCCGCGUCCGAGGAGGCGAAGCGGGGCUUCCUCAGGCACUUUCCCUUCGACAGCGGCAGGGUGCUCGUCGCGCCGCCCGCGUACAGCUCGCUCGUGUUCCGCCCGCGCGGCGAGGGGCCCGAGGCGCUCCGGGACUUCCCGGCUCUGGCCGCCCGCGCCGGCGGCGGCCUGGGCGCGGCCCUCGGCUUCGUCGGGCGGGGCUCGCUGCGGCUGCAGGGCAGGGUGGAGGCCCUCCGGGCCACCGCCGGGGAGCUGCGCGGGGAGGGCGCCGCCGCCGCCAGGGAGCUGCGCGCCGAGGGCGCCCUGGUGGCCAGGGAGCUCCGGGAGGAGGGCGCCGCGGCGGCCAGGGAGCUGAGGGAGGCGCGCGACGAGCUUCGCGACGACCUGCCCGACGUCCUGCAGGACGGGCUGGAGCAGCUGCACCUGGGCGCCAGGGAGCUGCGGGCCAGGGCGUCGGAGGGGCAGGGCAGGCUCGUGGGUUGGCUGCGGGGCGAGGCCCCUCGGCACCUCGAGGCCCUGCGGGAGAGGGUGCCAGGGCCCGUCCGGUCGGGCCUGGGCCAGCUGGCGGGCAGGCUGCCCGAGGGCGCGGCCGCCGUGGUGCGCGCCGUGCGCCCUGCCGCGCAGCUCGAGCCCAUCCCCGCGGAGAGGUACAGCCACGUGGUCCUGGUGGUGGGCGGCGUGGACGAGGAGGCCCUCGCGGCGGUGCUCCGGGGCGCGCAGAUGUACGAGGCCUCCCGCCCAGACAUCUGCACGGUCGUCGUGGCGCCCCCGCGCCCCGCCGGCGGCGCGGGGCCCCGCGGGGAGCCCGCUGUGACGCCGAGGGGGCCGCAGCCGCAGCACGUGUACCUCGUGGAGCCGCAGGGGCCCCCCGGCCUGGCGCGGCUCCUCAGCCUGGCCGACCUGGGCGUCUUCCCGGGCCCGGCCGGCUCGCUGCCGGCCGGCCUGCUGGAGUGUCUGGCCUGCGGCACGCCGGCGGCCUGCUCGAGCGCGGACGGGCUGCCCCGCGGGGCCAUUGGCGCACCGGGCGCGGGGCCCCUGGCGCUGCUCGCGGGCGGCGAGUCCGCUGGGGAGCCCGCCGCCAGAGACGCGCUGGCGGCGAGCAUCCACGCCACGGUCACGAGCGGGCUGGCGCCGGACGCCCGGUGGAAGGCCUGCCAGGGCUCCGAGUGCCUCAGGCUGGCGGAGAGGUUCUCGGUGGCGGCCCAGUGCCCCGACAUUAUCCAGCAGGCCUGGCAGCUCUCCCUUCAGCUGCCGGGCCUGGGGCCUCUCGGAGGAGGUCCUGCUGAGACAAUGGCG